ACUCUAGCAAUUAUUGGGACAUGUAGAAUUUGCUUACAAAGUUUACUUCAACUGUCGUUUAAAUAUCUAGGAUCUUAAAAUACAAGUGUUUUUUUACUGCAGCUAUGGCAGAGGUUGGUUCUCGCUCAAAAUUUUAUGCUUACAACUCUAUGCUAUGUCUUUUAAAAGCCUUAGAAGGAAAGUAUGUAACUGUAGAGAUCCGUAAUGAUAAAGUGAUUAAAGGCUUUUUAGAUAUGGUUGAAUCAAAUAUGAACCUGAACAUGUCAAGUGUAGUUCUCACAGAUGUUGUGGGCAGAUCAUAUCAGUAUGCAAGAUUUUACAUUCAAGGUAGACAAAUUCGUUAUGUUAUGAUACCAGAUGAUGUGGACAUUAUCAAGGCUAUGAACUGGCAAUUGGGCAAACAUGAAUACUUCAGAGCUAAAGAGAGAAAAGAGCAAGUAAAAUUGUUUCAAAGAAAAGUCAAAAGCAGUGAAGAAAGAGCUGCAAAAAGGAAGGAAUGAUGUAUAAAAAUGUUGGCUAGGAAUUUGUGGGAAAUGGAACUGAAAAAGAAUAUAUUGUACAUAAUUGUUUUUAAUAGUUGAUUCUGUUGAUGCAAUAGUUUAUUAAACAAGCAGUUGGCAUUUAUUAUUUCAA